UAAUAAAAACAGGCGAGAAAUAGAACAGUGACGACACUAUCAACAGGAAGUUUCAACCAGCUUUGUUUACAAACUUCUCGCUCGUUGAAAUACUUUUCAUCUGUGUCAAGUUAUUUGCGUUUGACCUCGUGGCUCAUAGAAACAGAGUUACAUUAUGAUCGUAUGUUCGAUUCGUCGGUGAGAUGUCGCUGAAUGCAGUAGAUGCGUUUGGAGAGCGUAAAGCAUGAGGAGGUCACUGAAUGUGUACAGUGAAUCAGCUGAUUAUUUCACGAGCUAACCACACACAUGAUUCAUCUAGAUCGGCGUCGUAAUUAUGCGCAUCAUAUGCAUCUAAAUACAACCACAGCAGUGCAUCUGCUUAGAACUUGGCUUUUACUCAUCGAGAAAACUCGACUUGCCUCUUUAUUAAAGCUCAUGUAAGUUUAUGCAGAAGUGAAGAUGCCGUGCACGUGUGGAAACUGGAGGAGGUGGAUUCGGCCCCUGGUGGUGGUACUGUACAUCCUGCUGCUUCUGGUUGUCCUUCCACUCUGCAUCUGGGAAGUGCAAAAAUCACAGGCUGGUGCUCAUAAUAAGGCGUGGUUCAUUGCUGGGAUAUUUGUGUUUAUGACUAUACCCAUCUCACUGUGGGGUAUACUACAGCAUCUAGUAAAUUAUACCCAACCUGAGCUGCAAAAACCUAUUAUCAGAAUAUUAUGGAUGGUUCCCAUAUACAGUCUGGAUAGUUGGAUUGCGCUUAAGUAUCCCGGUAUUGCCAUCUACGUAGACACAUGCAGAGAGUGCUAUGAGGCCUACGUCAUCUACAACUUUAUGAUCUUCCUACUCAACUACCUGGGAAACCAGUAUCCCAGUCUGGUGCGGAUGCUGGAGGUGCAGGAGCAGCAAAAACAUCUCCCCCCUUUGUGCUGCUGCCCUCCAUGGCCCAUGGGAGAAGUACUGUUGCUGAGAUGUAAACUAGGAGUUUUGCAGUACACGGUUGUGAGACCUGUCACCACAGUCAUUGCAUUGAUUUGUCAGCUUUGCGGGGUCUAUGAUGAAGGUAACUUCAGUUCUACAAAUGCCUGGACAUACCUAGUUAUCUUCAAUAAUCUCUCUCAGCUUUUUGCGAUGUACUGUCUUGUGCUCUUCUACAAGGCUCUCAGAGAAGAGCUGAGUCCCAUCAAACCAGUGGGAAAAUUCCUCUGUGUCAAGCUGGUGGUCUUCGUUUCAUUCUGGCAAGCUGUGGUUAUUGCCCUCUUAGUGAAGGUAGGCGUGAUCUCAGACUCUCACACCUGGGAUUGGGAUAGUGUGGAAGCCGUAGCCACUGGAUUACAGGACUUCAUUAUCUGUGUGGAGAUGUUUUUGGCAGCCAUUGCCCACCACUUCAGUUUUACCUACAAGCCCUACAUACAGGAAGCAGAGGAAGGUUCCUGCUUUGAUUCCUUCAUGGCCAUGUGGGAUAUCUCAGAUAUACGGGCUGACAUCUCAGAACAAGUGCGCAAUGUUGGGAGAACCGUUAUGGGUCAGCCAAGGAAAGCAUAUUUUGGGGAAGAAGCUUACCAGGAUGAGAACACUGGACUGCUGUCAGCCGGUUCUCAUGACCCUGUGGUUGAAGCCUCCUCCACUCCUCCAUCACCUAGAGGCCGUUACCAAGGCAUGGGACACACUGUAACCCCCCACUCCGUUUCCGCUCCUGCCAACCUCGGAAGCGCGCCAUGGGAGGGAGAUGUGGACGACAUAACUCCUGCCGUGCUAUCCAGCGAUCAUAUAGACCAACAGGGCUCAGACUAUGCUCCAAUCACUUAGCAUACCCUGAGCUACAGCUACCAGUGAUGUUAUAGUUAAUGCACAUUUGUAUUAUGUGCAUUAGCUACUGAACUGUUAACUAAUAUCAGUAAGAUGGAUAAUACGUUCAGAAAGGCUUUGUUGAAGCUUUGAUAGCAAGAACAUAUUUGAAGGACUCUGUAACAGGUUGGGUUCUCUGUUUAUGUCUUCUUUUGGCAUAUUUAGCUGAAAACAUGACCAAAAUAUAAACUGACAUAAGCACCAAGCACACACUAAUAACAAUUUGAAUUGUUCUCAUAACUAGCUGACCGUUAAGACAGCUAUACGAAUGUCUACUCGAAGUAGGAAAUGACACUACUUUAAAAAUGGAGUUUGUUUAAUAAUUUUAAUGUUUUUAUUUUAACCUCAGUGUUAUGUUCACAUAUCUGUUAAUGCAAACACUUUUAAACUGUUAAGGAGAAUCACAUUAAUCAUAAUAUGAAGUUGCCAGUAUGCAGCUGAGAUUUGUAACAAUAUGUCGCAGUUGAAUAUAUGCAUGUUGUAGAUCAUCUACAGUAUGAAUAUAGGUUGUAAAGCACCUGUAUCACUGCUCUCUUCACUUUUAGAGCUUAGCAACGGCUCCUGGUCGGCUCACUUUCAGUACAGAUUCAUUUCCAAAUGUGAAGAUGCUACAUAUGGUUAUUUUUCGUUUCUGUCCAAAUAUUGUUUUUAGGUAGAAGUAAUUUUAUUUCUGAUUAUUUUACUGACUGAUAUAUUUUUUUCUUAAACCUGAUCCAGUUAAAUACUUUUUAAUCAGUUUUAAGUUCAUUUUGGGAAAACGUUGCAAUGUCUAAAUAUUAGCCAAAGUUGUCUUAUUUGCAUUUUAAAAACUGUUUUAUUUUCAGUUUGUGAACAUCGCCAGUCUGUUUGUAUGGAAGUAAAACAAUGACAUACGUUUUUGAAAUAAAACAGCCUGUUAAAUGUACU